AGUGGAAACGAGGCGGUUGUUUUUUCGAGUAUCGCGUUUACAUUGCGUGUCACAAUGUGGUGCCAAACGUUGUUAUUGCAAAUCAUUGCGGUCCAGUUGUCGUUUUCAAGAGACAGGUGAUCAAGAUGUUGUUUACGACCGACUCAUUGGCAACCCACCAGGGUGAUACAAUGGAUCACUCAUCAAAGUGUUCUUUACUAGACGACACAGCGCAAAUGGCAGUUCUAAAAAACGAUGGGAAUGAAUGCCGUUUGAGCCAGCUGAGUCAAACAAAGAGGCGUCGUUUGAAAAAAUCGAUUGAAGCAAGGCACAUUAGGAUGUGGAAAUCGGCUUUGGUUUAUAUGGCAGACCAAAAAAAUACUAUUAAAUGGGCAAAGGAAAUAGCUGGAGUCAAGAAAGCCGUGAGCAAGACUCAGCUGACUUUACUAGCGAAUCAGUCUAAUGUGAAUAAUGACACAAUGCAAUUAAAUAAAAAUGUUAUUCAGAUUGAAGAUCGAAAUUCAGAGGAAAAAUAUCUUAAUGUCAGUCAAACUGACGAUGUUCAAUCCUCAGAUUACGAUUUCCAAGAUUUUUGAUUAAAAAUAUAAAUCAAAAAUUGUUAAUAUUAGAAAUAGAAAACAUUUUAGUAAAUUCGUGUAGUAGUGUUGAGUGCGUGUGAAAAUAUUUUGUAAGCUAAUCUUUUAUUAAUAUAUUAUCACAAUAUUGAUCUCAGAGCAAUUCCCGAUAAAAUAGUCGGUCUGACAUCUUUUUUGUUUAUGCUUAAAGCUGGUUCAUUAAUAUUAAGUCCCAUUCAGAUAAAUAUGAAGUUUGACUGACAAGUAUAAAUCUACAAAUUUAAAUAACUAAGUUCGCUUUGGUUAAGUGCAUUAUUCAAAAAUUAAUUUAUUGGAAUAAACAAACUUAGUAUAAAUGAUUAAAAUAUUUUUAAAACCUAAGAUAAAAUGAACAAAACAAUAAUUAUAUGUUAAUAAAUUCAAAAAAUUGAAAAAUUUUCCAAAGAUUUUAUGAAGAUGCAAAAUACUCAAACAAUUUCAAAGUUAUUCGCCACAAGUGCAUACAAACAGAAGUCUACAGCAAGUGCUUAUGGUCCGUGUGACGGUUGGAUUUGGGUCUGCGAUUACAACAAUGAUCAUUUUUAUUCAACUGAUGACGUGAACUAUGUCAAUUUCAUCAGGUUAAGGAAAUACGGUAAUUUGUCUAUAUUUGAAUGCAACAAUGGUAAACGUAUUGAAAUGAUACAAAGAUGCGACAAUACAAACGAUUGUGGAGAUAAUAGCGAUGAAUAUGACUGUGAAUUUUUAUUUCGAAACAAAUAUCAACUUCCAAAUAAGAUUCCUGGUGUAUAUUUUUUCCAUACAGAAAAAGAAUGUAGCAGCGAUAUCAAAAAUCGUUUUAACACAAAAAGUGAAACAGACGUCUCAGGGCGUCUAAACAUUGGAUGUUCAAAUAAUAUUCGGGUAUGUAGAAGGUUAAUUCAGUUUGAUUCCGAAGUAGGAGUAUCAAAUAUAAUCAUACUAAAACAAAAAAAUAUUGAUUGUUCACCGAGAAAACAUCAUUGUUCUGGAGAUUUUAUCAAGAAAUCAUGUCUCUGUGAAGAAUUAACCGAUUGUUUUGACGGAAAAUGUGAAAAAAAUUGUACCGACAACUCCGAUUUCAACCAGAUAUAUUGCUUUUCUCAAGAAGCUACUAGAUUUCCACCAACAGGAAAAAAAUUAUAUGAAAAAUGGGAAGCAGCACCACUACUUUCGACUUAUAAUAUCAAUCAUUGUAGUGGAUCACUUGGAGCGUGCGGUAGUUCAUGUGAUUCCAUAUCUACUGAAUACGAAAUUAACUAUCUAAAGACCAAAAGUUCUUCACCUUAUUGCCAUAAAUAUAGCACCCUGAAUGACAACACAAAGCUGUUCAUUUGUGGAACAAGACAUCAGUUAAAUGAGGAUAAUACCAUGUCAAUUAUUUGCGAUUCACAAAAAAAUAAACCAUUUAGUCCAAUGUGUAAUAUGGAUAAAUCGUUACUGUGCUGUCAUAGGGAAAGUAAAAGCUUUGAACAAAUUAAAUGUCGUGAGUCAAUCAUAGAACUAGUCGAAAACAUAGUCGAGAGUAAACAAUAAAUAUAAACAUACUGGCUAUACUAUAGCAGGCGAAGAUAUAAUUAUCAACCUGGUGCUAUGAAGUUUUUUAAAAUUCUUAAUUUAAAAAUGAUAAAUUAAAUUUUUUUCUUUAAAACAUUUUUUUUAUUUCAAGUGUAACUUAAAUUAAUCUCAAGAAUCAAAAUGAAUUUUAAUUAAAAUUUUUCAGUUAUUUCUUUCAAUAAAUUAACUAAAUUAUCUACUAUAUAAAAUAAUAAUAAAGUACUAAAGUAACUUUCAAAAUUAAGUUAUUUCAAAUUUUCAUAUUUUUCUUUAAUAAUAUAACGAAUAAAUUAUUGUUUUAUCAUAAUCAAGUACACUAUAAAAAACAAUUUAAAUACAUGCUGAUCGUUAAUAACUCACAAGAUGCUGUUAUGCAACAAAGGAUACCGACACCAUUAGCGUACACAAGUUCAUAUUUUUUAUAACGAAUAUUUUCAAUAACUAAUUUUACGUCUGAUAAAUUAGUUUUGAAUGUAAUGUUAUAUUCAAAAAGUGAUUUAUAAUAUUCAUUCGAGAAUUUUCAUUUAACCGUAAAUUAGUUAAGUUUUCAAAGUGAUUUAAGUCUUUUAAUAGAAAAAUUAAAUUAACUUCGAGAAUCUAUUGAGAUGAAUAAAAUUUAUGUGCGGGAAAUAUAUUCAUUAAAACGAUUUAAAGAAAACGCAUUAUUAUUAAAUGCAAUCAAAUCUAAUGAUAUGUGUAUGGAGCUGUUGGAUUAAUUAUCUUAAAUAGUUAUCAAAAAACACAUUAAGAUGAUAACAAGAGAAAAAUAACAAACAAGUGCUGUACAAAUUACAAUAUCAUCUUUAAUUACAACAAAACAUCAUUCACAUCAAUAAAGUAUCAACAAACGUGUACUUACUUCAAAAACUGAAGUCAAUUUUACAAAUACAAUUUUUUAAAUAAAAUAAUGACUGGCUAAAUUUUUUAACGCGGCACAAUUUUUUAAAAUUAAACUGUUAAUUUGUCAAUAUGUUUGUAAAAUGUGCUUUUAGAAAAUGGCCUCAGAAAACACACUUUUACUAAAACAAUUGAAAUGUUUCGUUUAAGUAUAAUAACUUAACGAAAACUAACAAAAAUUCUACUUAAAAACUUACAAUAUUUAUUAUUUUUUUUAUAUAUAUAAAUAUAUUUUAUAUGGUGAUAACAUUGUAAUA